AUGCGACGUCCUUCGUUUUCUUUCUCGAUCUAUUCUCUUUUUCAUCCUCCCAUCCUAUUUCUUCCCCCUUCUUGUCUUGUGUGUCACGCGUUGCUUUUCUUUGUCUCUCUUUCCCUCUAUCCGCUCUAUCUAAUAAAAUGCGACGUCCUUCGUUUUCUUUUCUCGAUCUCUACUCCUUGCAUCCUCUCAUUCUAUUUCUUCCCCCUUUUUCUGUUUCAGCAUAGUAAUUCAACUCGGCUCAUCGUCCAUCUCCCUCUCUUUCUCUCUCCUUCUCUCUCUCUCUCUCUCUCCCCAUGGCAUCUUUCUCUAUUUUCUUCCCUCCCACCCGUACUUUUCCUCCUUCCUUUUUGUCAACUACUCUUACUUAUUUAUGUUCUUCCCUUUUCCUUACUUCAUUAUCAAACGAUCCUUGCUCUUUUUUUCCUUUCCAUUAAGUACCUUUCUUUCUCCAUUUACUACUGUUACUCUUUUUUUCUUCCAUUUUUAACUUCGCUCUCACUAUCAUUUAAGUUUUUCCUUACUUUAUUAUCAAACGUUCCUUGCUCUUUUUUCCCUUUGCAGAAUAAAACGUCUCACUCACUUAUAUCCCGUUCAUCACUCUCCGAAUUCUUUUUCUUUCUUUUGCUCUUAACUUCUACUCUUCCUAUAUUCUUUUCCACCUCCUUUUCCUCUCCCGCUUGUUUUCCUUCUCUCCUUCCGUAUUUUAUCUAA